CAUUAACACAUAUACAAGGACAAGAAAUAGUAGCUUAAGUGGCGUUCAUUGCUGCUGAUCGAUUUUAAAAGCAUAUAAUUUAACUGUUUCACUAUUUUUAUUGAAAAAUACUUAUAUUAAAGACAAGUUGAUGAAAGUUCACGUAACGAACUAAAUAAAUAAUCCAAAAUGGCAGUGAAUUCAACUUAUAUGAUCACUUUCGGAAUAGUGUUUAUCGUCGUCGCUGUACAAAUGGCCUACAGCAUCAAAUGUUGGGAAUGUCGAUCGGACUCGGAUCCGAAAUGCGCGGACCCUUUUGACAACAGCACCCUCUCGAUCACGGACUGUAGACAGGUUGAGUCUAAGGAACAUCUACCGGGAGUACGGGCGACCAUGUGUCGCAAGAUCCGUCAGAAGGUUCACGGAGAAUGGCGCUAUUUUCGUAGCUGUGCUUUUAUGGGUGAACCGGGCAUCGAAGGGGAUGAACGAUUCUGCUUGAUGCGUAGUGGGACGUACAACAUCUUCAUGGAGUACUGCACCUGCAACAGCAAAGACGGAUGCAACAGUGCACCCCAGUUUGCUCCAAAGCAGUGGAGUGUAUUGAUUUUCAUGGUGCUGAGUAUCAUGCUGUAUCGUUUGUUUUAGCUUGUAUGUCUCCUCUUAGGUCUGAUUAUUUUAGCACACAUUCCAGCAACAGUAUAAUUCUUUUACUAAAUUCCUCUCGAAUUUCGAUAAGAUUUUAUUGAUCACUUCAAGAUCAUGCGCCAUGCGUUUCGCUACAUAAUUGUUAUUGUAGACUUUUAAUGCAUUAUAAUUAAGACAAUCUCUUAAGUAACAAAUCCGUCCAAAACAAAACUUAAGAAUGUUCUACAUUUUUACAAUCUAGAUCUUAUAAGAAUAUAGCGAAUAUUAAAAUGUUAGGCCUAGCAGCAAGUGUAUAUAUUAAACGUAUUGUGCAUUUACGGUUCAAAGUGCCUAAUAAAACGAGAUUUUUCCAAUUUUA